AUGGUCUCUCAUCAUUUCACCACCCUCCCCAUUCCUCCUCUUGAAAACCUCAGCACGGAAUACGUGCUCCAAGAAAUCAUCGACCACAUUGGAAGACUCGCCGAUGAUUUCCCCCAUGUUAAACUUGAUUUACUACGCAAACAACUCUGGGAUAUUAGAAAUAGAAAUGUGGAACCGAAAAAACACUUGAGAGGUUUAUUGAGAGUGUUGGAGCAUACGCAUACGUUUAUGAAUGCGUUUGAGGAAUUGGAACCGGGAUUGCAGGGACAGAUUAAAAUGUUUAUGGAUGAUGACGGGGAUGUUAGGGAGAAGGAGAUUUUGGACACGGGAAGACAGGGGGUAGGUGGGAAGGGAGAUUUUCAUAUCCCGCCUAGUCCGGCGGUGAAACAUCAUUUUAGGGAGAUGGUGAAGGAGACGGUGAGGGAGAAGGCGCAUGGGGAGAAAUUGAAGCAGGUGAAGAAUAAGGUGAUGAAAAAGAUUCAGGAAGCGAAGGAGGAGUUAGAGCGAGAGUUUGUGGAGGAGGUGGGGGGGCAUAUUGAGAUGGUUCAGUUGGUUGAGGAACACGUGGGGGAGUUUUGGGGGAGGCAUGGGAAGUUUGGACAUUUGAGGGGGUUUCUGGGGGGUGCGUCUUGGGACUCUCAUUUGGAUUAUUCUUCUGUUUGGGGAACAGUAUCUCCGAGGAUAUGGGAAGAUGUGAAAGGAAUGAGGAUCAUGGAAGUCCAUAAAAACGCUCCUUUUCAUAAUUGGGGUAAUAGCGUCUCCAAUACUCCUCUCUAUACUUUCGUCCCGACCACAGUCCUCGGUCUCUCAAAUUUGGUCAAGUGGGCUAAAGUGGAAGGAUACAGAGUUCGAUGCAGCGGAUACAGACAUUCGUGGAGUAAUACUUUUUCGCAGGAUAAACAGGUAUUGGUUAGUAUGUUGAAUUUGGAGAGUGUGGAGAGGAUUCCGGAUGUUAUGAGUAUUGCGGAGGAGAAGGGGGAUGUUGAUACCAAUGGGGAUGGGAUGGUGGACGUGAAUGAGUUGAAGACGAUUGAGUUGGAUCCGAAGAUUGAGGGGUUGAGUUUGACGGGCGAUGAGGAGGGGAAUAUGCUUUGUAGAGUUGGGGCGGCGGUCACGAAUGAACAGUUUAGGAGGUGGUCGGUGGGUCUUGGGAAGUGGGCGUUGCCCGUGGAUGUCAUUCUUGUUGAAGUCACAGCAGGCGGCGUCAACGGCCCCAUCUGUCACGGCGCAGGCCGUCGCCAUAGAACCGUAUCCGACUAUGUCCGCGCCAUAGAAUAUAUUGACGCCAACGGCAUGCACCGCAGCAUCACCAACCCCGCCCAUCUCCUCGCCGCAGCCGGAUGUUUCGGACUCCUAGGCAUCCCAUCCCCCCCCCUCUCCCCAUCAGAUAUCCCCAUCGCGCUGCGCAAAACUUGGACCCCAGCCCAAUAUGACGCGGCGCUGAAAGAGUUUGAAGAUAAAGCUAAUAAUGAUUAUUAUAGCGAAUGGUUUUGGUUUACUCGUAGUCAGCAGGCGUGGGUUAAUACGUGGAAUGUGACGGGGGAUGCGGAGGGUGCGGUGGAGUAUCCGAGUCCAUUUGAGACGUUUGUUCAGUGGGUGCAGGGGUGGGUUGGGGGGGUGUUGACGGGGAGUGAACUUUUUGGGAUGUUGCCGGGGAGGUGGCAGGCUUGUAUCUUGAGUACUUUUGGGAGUAAGUUUUCUGAUUUCUUUUUGUUUUGUGUUUGCAAUGGAAGUGAGGUUGGGGGUGAGGUGGUCGCACUACCCCCUUUUGAGUUCAACGAUUUCGAGCAAAAGAAAACUGUAGAAUACAAAACUGCCCUUCCGAAUGGACUUCAUUUCCGACGAGGUAUUCAAAACAUGCGCGUCCGAGACCUAGAAUUCCAAAUCCCCAUCCCAUGUCUCCCCAACGGCACCCCAGACUACACGCCAGUCCGCCGCGCCUGGUGGGACAUUAUCAAUCUCUGCUACCGCGACUCGGAAACCCCCAUGCGUCUCACGCUCGAAUUACGCAUCAUGGGCGAUUCUAAUUUGAUUAUGGCGCCGCAGCGGGGAAAUCGAUGGGGCACGGCUAGUAUUGAGAUUUUGAGCACGCAGGAUGCGGUUCGGGAUGAGGUGUGGAGACCGUUUUGUCAGGAGGUGGUGGAUUUGUGGGGGGGAUUGAGGGGGGUUAUGGGGGUGCGAGGGGGUGGGGAUGGGGGAGGGGAAGAGGAGGAGGGGAUGGGGAUGGGGGAGGGGGAGGAGAGGAAAGAGGAGGAAUUGAAUAUUAGGCCGCAUUGGGCGAAGGAGUGGGAAGGGGUGAGGAUUAGAGGGAAAGAGGCAAAGGUUUAUUUGAAAGAGGUGGCGUAUAAGGGGGAACUUGAAAAGUUUAGGCGGGUGCUGGGUGAGAUUGGGAGUGAGCAGGGGUGGGGUUUGGGGGAUCUGAAGGGGAGGUUUAGUAAUGAGUUGUGGGAUUAUUUGGUUUUUGAGGGGGUGGGGGAGGAGGAGGAGGAGGAGGAGGAGGAGGUGGGGGAAAGUGUGACUUUGAUCACUGCGGCGAAUGUGGUAAAUGGGGUGCAUGGAGAUGGUAUCAAUGGUGUCAAUGGCGUUAACGGAGUCAAGAAAGAGGAGAAUAUACAUUAA